AUGAGCAGCCAUUGGUUGAUUGGUGGCAUGAGACCUUACCGGGAGGAUAACACAGUUUAUCGUCAUCACUGGGUUGUUGAUAAACAAAAUGGUAAUGAGAAAAUGGUAAAAGAAGAACCAUCUGAGGACUCCAAAGGAGUGAUGAUAGUUGAGACAGAAAACGGUGAUACAGUAGUGGUCAAAAAUCAUGGUAACCAUGCCAAUGGUACAGAUGGUAAUAUGAGAAGUUAUAAUGAAAAUUAUGACCAACAAGACAAUGAAGUCAGAAUGAUUCAUGAAGAGGAGGACAAUAGCAUUGUUAUUGAUGAUGACCUAACAGAGUCUUCUCAUCCCACUGCAGAGUCGCAGAAAGGUGAUGCUGGUAGUUUGGGAUACAGAUGUACUGUCUGUGGAAGAAAAUUCUCAGUUUUUGAGGUGUACGUUGAACAUGAGCGUAGCCAUGCAAAUGAGGGCGAGAGACCCUUUAUAUGUGAUGUCUGUAAUUUGUCUUUCAAGUCUACAGGGAGUUUGGUUGCACAUAAAAGAAUUCACACAGGUGAAAAACCAUUUCAGUGCAAUUAUUGUUGGAAAACGUUUCGACAGAGCGCAACAAGGAAUCGACAUAUUAAAGCCAUGCAUGCCGAAGAAAGACGGAAAAGUCAAAAAGAAACAAUGGAUAAGAUAUCGCAGAUACUUUCCCAACAAGUUGUCCAGUAUCCACAUCCUGGACAGAAUGAUAGAUUGUCUCAUCAACCGGAAGUAAUGACACCAGUCAUGGAACACCACUCUGUUAUCCAUCCAACAAUGUCAACAUUUUCAUCACAGCCUGUUUUUCCUGGAAUGACACCGUUAAGGGUUGAUGUGCCAAGAACAAUCGCUACCUCUGCCCCUGCAUACAGAUCUCCCAUCCCACAAGAACACCACCAUGUCUCGUAUCCAUCGCAGCACCACAUUACUACUGACACUCAUAUACAUAAUCGCGUCCUGGUUGCACCUAAUUCACGAAAUACUGAAAAUGAUCAGUGGCAACAGUCCAUCUCAUCAAAAGGUACUUCAAGUGAAAGUAGCACUCCUGUAAACCAUCCUGAAACACCACGGCAAUUUAAUUUCUCACCACCAAGUGUUACACAACAUUCAACACCAAAAAAUGCUGUCCCAAAUAAGAACCCAGAAGUGGGACAAAAAUCCCCUUCCAGAUUGUCACGGCCGAUAACGUCUUCUAAAUCAACUAGUCCACCAGAGAUUAACCAAGGAAACCACACUGUAGCUGUCACAAAAGAGUCUGCAAUCACUAGAGAAACAGAGAUUGCACCAACAUCCAUAAAGGAGAGGCCUGUACCCAAAAAUCAUUCAUGUGCUCACUGUGGGAAGCAUUUUGUUGGGAAAGCAGCGUUAAAAAUUCAUAAAUUAGUCAAGCACCUGGGUGAGAAACCAUUUGCUUGUGAAAUGUGUAAUCAGCGAUUUGUAUCUGCAAGUGCUCUAAUUACCCAUAGACGAAGACAUACUGGUGAAAAACCAUACAAGUGUAAUAUUUGUGGACGUCUAUUUCGACAUAGCUCUACCAUGAAAAGACAUAAACUUCUAAGACAUAAUGUGUUCAGAAGGCCAUUUGAAUGCUCCGAAUGCGGUAAGGCAUUUAAAGUGAUGGGACAUUUGGUGAUGCAUAAACGAAUUCACAGUGGUGAAAAACCAUUCAAAUGUCCAGACUGUGGUAAAGCAUUCAGACAGAAAGGAACAAUGUCCAGACAUGCCAAGCUGCACAAAAAUUUUGAAAUGAUGAACAAUUCUCAAUUGAAUGAAUCUGGAGAUGUUGGUGAUGAUGUACCUCAAGCUGGACCAUCCAGACUGGGUUUGUACCAGGAAAUACAGCAUGAUGAAUCAAUUCCAGCAGAGUUUAGACAAAUGCAAAACUACAUUGAUGAAGAGUUUGAAGAUGAAGAAGAAGAUGAAGAGGAAGAAGAAGAGGAAGAUGAAGAAGACAUAGAGGAUGUUGAAGAUGAUGAUGAUGAGGAAGAAGAGGAGGAAAGCAUGGUUGCUGUGUCACCCUUAGUGAUGGAUCGAACAGUGAAAACAAGUAUUAUGCAGCCAUUGAGAAAUAGAAAAGCAAAGCUGAAUGUAAAUACAAACAUUCAUAGCAGAUGGUCAUGCAACAUUUGUGGCAAAGUGUUUGGAAACCACUGGAGACUAGAAAGGCAUAAAAUGAGUCACUCAAAUGCGAGGCCAUUCCCUUGUGAAUAUUGUAACAAGUCUUUUCAAUUCCAGUCUCAUCUGGUAGCACACAGACGAAUACAUACUGGUGAGAAGCCUUUUCAGUGUAACUUGUGUGGGAAAGCUUUUAGGCAGAGUGCCACAAUGCAUCGACAUAGGAAGUUACACUUCAUGAAAUUUAUGCCCACCUUAGGGCUGCAGUCAAAAAAUGUGGAACAUUUAUUGACUUACCUAGAGGGUCGAAUUCCAGGAAUAGAGAGCUCUGUUCUAGGAGCAACAACAGCUGCUACGACAACCUCACAAUCAAGCAUGACAUCAUCUCAAAUGAACUUAUCACAUGCAAGUGACUCCACUUCAGCAGUGAAGCAGAAUACAGCUUCUCAUCCUAGUACAUCAGCUAUGAAUUCAGAAACAGGAGUAUCUAUUCAUGUCGACACUGAGAGCAGUAUGCAUUCAUCCAGACCUACAACACGAGAAGAGGAUGAAAUGGGUGAUGGGAAGGAAGAGAAUGAG